UAAAAACAUGCCUGAACUUUGGAGUGCUGACUUAUAAUAACAGAUUUAAAGUAGUAUAAUCUUGACAAUGGAGAGAAGAGCAGGGACAGUUUCUGCUAUCAAAGCUUUAGGGUAUCCAGGUGUUUCCUGCCUCUCUAAGUGUAAAUGUGAUGAACUUCCCUGUCCUCUGCUCACCUGGCUGAGUGCACAGCUGAGGAGACUCUGUCCAGAGCUACAAGGUGAUUCUGGUGGGAGAGGGGACGUCUUGCUGGUAGAGGAGCUGAGACAUUUACUGUCUGACUUAUCCUCUCCCCUCACUGUGCCGACGUCAGAGGUGCUGGGGCCACCAACCCUCAACAAAGUCACUGAGUUCCUUGUAUCGGAAUUGCAAGCAGCCCGCAUAUUCAAGCAUCAUGAAUUGCAUCCUGAGGAUAAAACGACCGGAGGGGAAUCUGAAAAAGAGCAACGAGUGGACGAUCACAGCCAUGAACUCGCUGAGGAAUAUGAAGAUGAAGGUUCUGACAGUGACAGAAGGAAGGCGGAGAUGCAGGCAGAAUGGAUAUUACUGCUUCACGCUCUUAACAUGGACGCUUCCUCUCAAUUUACAGACGUGAUGAAAGAGGUGGAGUCGAGGCUUGCUAGUCAAUCAUGUGGACACAUGACGGACCCUCUUCUUAACAACAGCCUGAGCCCAGAGCAGUGGGCACAACUUGUAAAGAUAAAUGAAGUUCUGUCCAACAACUAUAACUGUCGGCGGCAAAUGAUGAUCAAACGCUUUCAGGUUACACUUGAGUCGUUUGCGUGGGGAGAAAAACAAAAGGAGCGCAGUGAAGCGUUGGCCUCGGUGCCUCCUCUUGCAUCCUUCAGCGGCUCCUCCAGAGUAUCCAUGUCUCUACUGCUCGCCGCCAGAGAAGAUCAGUCCUGCAUUGAGCCAAUCAGGGCAGGAAAAAGCACUGACGUCUACAAGACGAGAAUGGGUGACGUACCGGACAGAGGAGGACGACCGGGUGAAAUUGAGCCACCUAUGCCAUCAUGGGGAGAACGAAGAACGCAAGGAAACAGAUCAGGAAGAGGAAGAGGACAGCAGCAAUGGCGUAAAUUUUCUGAUAAGAAGAAGAAGAAAGGGAAAAAGGAGUAGCACGUCGUUCUCUUUGGUUUAAUUAAUGAACUGUAGAAAUAAGUCAUGAAAAUGUUUUAUUUAAAUCUUCAAAUAGAAAAUAUGGAUGUGGAAUGCUGCAUAUUAUAUAAUUUUAUAGUUAAACAUGUGUAUAAUUCUUAGUUUUAGUAUAUAUACAUACUUGACAAUGUAUAUUUCAAUAAUGUUUGGGUAUGUGGCUAUAUAUUUUUGUUUAUGAAAGAAAAUUACAGAAAGAAAAUUUUGGGGGGGGGUUUGUUGAUGACUUUGUUGAUGCUCUACUACACAGGUUUAUUUACUCAAGAAUAAACCUGUUACACAUCGCAAUUCAUUAUUUUUAUCAUGAAUUAUCAACAACUUUGGCAAAGCUCAUAACUGAUUUGAAUACACAAUCUUAAGAGCACCUGACACUCAUCUGAAACACGACAUAAUGAGCUUUCGUGCUGCAUCCUUCACUAAUGUACAUGUCAGCUGAUCUUUGAGGUACUUGUAUUUUUACUUGAGUAUUUCCAUUUGAUGCUUCUACAUACUUCCAUUCCACUCCAUUUUAUAUUGUACUUUCUCAUCCACUGCAUUUAUUUGACAGCUUUAGUGACUUUUCAGAUGAAGAUUUAACACAAUGGAUAACAUAAGAGGCUUUUAAGUGCUGCUAGACCGCACAGCAGUAGGGUUUUUCGUUUCAACAGCCGUUUAUGGAAGUGGACUGUUUUCUCUUUGGCUUUAACCCUGUAAAACUCGUUUUUACAUCCUGGAGCAAUACAGUAAUAGCCUCCUUUUAGUCUUUUCCUGUCCCAUGGUUCUUCUGUUUCCACCGUCUCUCACUAUCUCUAUCUGUCACUGUCUCAACCGUUAUACCUGAUGAACUCAACCAAGCCAAUCAACCCUGUGACGUCACAGAUUAUCAUACUGCAAAAUGGCCAUGGCUCAUUUUUUCAUGAAAGGUAUAACAGGGCUUCUUUUUUCUUUUAUAUGUUUACAUUUUUUCAUGCAUUUUAUAUGAUUCUUGAUAAGGGUGGAAUCCCACUCAGUAAAUAAUAUUAACUUGAUUGGCUGCUUCAUAUCCACUGUAAAAUAAAACAAUUAAAGAUGAAACCAGUUGUUUUUGUUUUGACUUUUUACAAAAAGCACUA